AUGUCUAGCCCUCCUCACGGUAUGGGAAGACAUGUCAUUGUCGUAUCUCCACAUGACCAAUCCAUGGUCCGCAAGGGCGACUACGUCUUCAGCCACUUUUACGACUGCGCGCUUGUCUUCGUAAAGCUAGGAAUACUGGCCUUUUACCAUCGAGUUUUCGUCGUUCCGCUGUUUCGCAAAAUCGUGACCGCAACUGCAAUUUUCGUCAUUGCAUGGGGAAUCGGCAUAACCGUUACGUUGGCUCUAGCAUGCCGACCUAUCGAAGCAUUCUGGGAUGCGUCCGUCAAGGGCGACUGUCUCAAUCUGGUCCACUUCACCUACUUUACGAACAUCACGAACAUGGUCACCGAUGUAUGGAUAUUCCUAAUGCCUGUACCCGUCAUAUGGCAUCUGCAAUUGCAGACCAAGAAGAAACUCUUGCUCUGCUUCAUCUUCUCGAUAGGCAUAGCAACUUGCAUCGUUUCCGCAAUUCGCCUCACCGUUGUUCUCGGUCACGGCUACGCUGACUUCACAUGGAGCUACGUUCCACUCGGCGCUUACUCUGCUUUCGAACCCCUCGGAGGCAUCCUCUGUACGAACCUACCUAUCAUCUGGCACAUGUGGCGCAAACACCGAAAAUCAGAAGCCCUCUUACCGGGUUCUUCGCUCUUCAAAUCGAAACACUCGUCGGCCGCAACACCUAGCUCACGUGAAUCGCGCCGCAGUCGCAUCGCUCGAUCUCUCGGGCUUAGCAACGUGGACCAGACCGGUACCGAUAGCCAAGCUCGAACAAUACUUGCCGCAGAGGAAGGGCAGCCCACCUUUGAGGAGAUCAGUCCGACUAAUCCCGAACGAGCGCUCUACUUUGGGAAAGUGGAAAGGAUACAGACGCUGGAACGGGAGAUGUCGGAAGCGAGCAACGAAGCAGAUCCGAACUCCAAGAAAACGAGGAGCUCCAGCGAAACGGGAGCGUCGCGUGGGCCCAAACAUGCUAAUAUGAAGAAGAACGUAUGGGAGGUCAGGAAGAAGUGA